GAGAGUAAAGUGAUUCCUGUUUUGAAUAUUUUAGAGAUUAAUGAAGAAAUAACUGAUCAAUGUUUGCAAUCAAUUCACUAUACAUUUCAGGAGGCGUUCAAAAUGAAAUGGUGGGCCAUUCAAUUAUUUGAUUCCUGGGGUCACUUUCCAGUCGGUUUUAUGGACGGUACGUACGGAUCAUUAGGCGAUUUUGAUGAAUGCAUUGCCGUCGAUACCGGAGACUCAAGCAAUCGGCAAUUUGUUGGCCAAUAUUGUACGCCAAAGUUUCGGCUGGACCUCGACUUCAGUGUCCAAUACGGAAACGAUACGUUUCAGAACCGUUCGUUGUGGACAUUCGGCCAAAUGGUCGAACCUGUCCUACAAAAUGCUUUUUGUAUACCAUCUGUCUGUACGCCUAAUGACUUAAAACAGAUAUUAAAACAAUUUACAAAUCAAUUACAUAUUGAUGUGGAGGUCAGUGAUAUUGAUUGCUAUCAUCGACUCGAAAAACAACCAAAAGUUUCAACUUCACAGAAAAUAAUGAUAUGUUAUCUUGCAUUUAUACUGGUUAUGCACAUAUUGGCUUUACUCAUUGACUAUUUAUACAGUAAUGAUCCAGAUCAAAUGGGAAAAUUUCAUUUAUUUUUAAAUGGUUUGCUGACGUUUCAGAUUAAUACAUAUAAAUUCAAAAUACUAAACGAAAUCGGCAGAGAUUUUGGUUCACAAAUUAUGAUGAAUACAGCAGUUUUUACAGCACUUGUAUUUUAUAUGAGUGGUACUCUCACUGUUAUAUCGGGACUAAAAUAUUUUGAAAAUCAACGGCGCGUACCGUUCAGUCUAUAUCUGAUUGCAAGAUAUAUUCGUCUUACUCCUGUUUUAUGGGUCACCAUAUCGUUUAAUAUAUUGUUUGCAUUUUUGGGUACGGGUCCGACAUAUAAAGACUAUUAUAGCCAACAGAUCGACAAUUGCGACCAAAGAUUGUGGAAACAAUUUUUAUUAAUUCAAAACUAUGAUCCCGUUCCUCAAAUGUGUGCUAUAUCCACAUGGUUUAUGUCAGCCGACUUUCAACUAUACAUUUUGGCUUAUUUUGCAUUGUAUUUGUUGGCCAAUAAGUUUAGCUAUGGUUUGAUAUAUUCACUAAUAUGGACGGCUCUGGGUUUGAUUAUACCAGCAGUUUUGACCGUAUAUUAUAAUAUUUCACCGCCUUUUGCCCGGGUAGUCAAUGCUGGAUUAUUAGCUGAGACUAAUAUGGCUUAUAUAUACCAUUGCUCCACAUAUUCACAUUUAACUGAUUAUUUUAUGGGUAUUAUUACUGGUUAUCUAUUGGAUGUAUAUUUUCCACAUAUCUAUUGA